AUGUCUGGACGUGGCAAAGGAGGCAAAGUGAAGGGGAAGGCCAAGAGCCGUUCUUCCCGCGCCGGACUGCAGUUCCCCGUGGGUCGUAUUCACCGUCUGCUGAGAAAGGGCAACUACGCCGAGAGAGUGGGAGCAGGCGCUCCCGUGUACUUGGCUGCCGUUCUUGAGUACUUGGCCGCAGAAGUCUUGGAGUUGGCAGGCAACGCUGCCCGCGACAACAAAAAGACCAGAAUCAUUCCCCGUCAUCUGCAGCUGGCCAUCCGCAACGACGAAGAAUUGAACAAACUCCUGUCCGGCGUGACCAUCGCGCAGGGUGGUGUCCUGCCCAACAUCCAAGCGGUGCUCCUUCCCAAAAAGACACAGAAAGCCGCCAAAUGGCCCUCAAGAACGGAGUCAAGAAGGGAAGUUCUCAAACAGGGCCAAGGGUACAGGUGCCAGUGGUUCCUUCAAGCUGGGAGAGAAGCCCAAGACGGAGAAGAAACCCAAGACCAAAAAAGUCACCAAACCCUAAGGCUGCCAAGCCCAAGGAAAACGACCAAACCCAAGAAGACAACCGGGGAGAAAAAGCCAACAGAAAAGAAAAAGGCUGUUAAGAAACCUGCAGCACCCAAGAAGGCCGAGUCUCCCAAGAAGAAAGCAGCUACUAAGUCUCCCAAGAAAGCCAAGGCAGCUCCAAAGCCUACGAAAACCAAAGCGCCCAAGAAAGCCACAGCAAGAAGUCAAAAACCCCAAAGAAAGCCACCAAGGC